CCCACACAUGGCUGCUGUUCUUAGCGAUUUCACUCAAACCCUAGAUAUGGAAUGUGCUAGGUUUAGAACUUUCUCAUGGGCUGGCCGGAUUUUAAUAAUGCCAACACUCCAUCUCCACUCCUUGGCUUCCUAAAUUAGCCAUGGCAGAAUCAAGACAAUAACUCUGCAACCCGCCGCCGCCGCCACCGCCGCAUUUCCUUCCGUCUCGCCGGUUUCUAGGGCUUUUCAAUUUCUUUUGUUGAGAAAAAAUUUAGGAAGGAACAUAUGAGCUGCUUCUCUUGCAUUAAUCGCCGGAAGGGGGUGAAGAUCGACAUCGAGAAGGCCCCUGGGUCUUCCAAUUACCACAGCAACUCCUCCGAUGACUCUGGUAGCGGGAAGACGAAGAAAGAACUGGAAGACAAGCUACCGAAGGGGAGUGGGGCGAGGAGUUUCUCGUUCAGGGAGCUGGCGAAUGCUACCCAGAAUUUCAGGGACUUGAAUUUGGUCGGAGAAGGAGGAUUUGGCCGAGUUUACAAAGGCCGCUUGGACAAAGGCGAGAUUGUUGCGGUGAAGCAGCUGAACCAGGAUGGAAUGCAGGGGAAUCAGGAAUUCAUCGUUGAGGUUCUAAUGUUGAGCUUACUACACCAUCCUAACCUUGUUACCUUGACUGGCUACUGCACUGCUGGAGACCAGAGAUUGUUGGUCUACGAGUACAUGCCACGAGGCAGCUUGGAACAUCACCUUUUCGAUGUGGAUGGCAAAGAGCCAUUGAGUUGGAGCACGCGGAUGAAGAUCGCAGUGAAUGCAGCUAGAGGCCUAGAGUACCUUCACUGCAAAGCCAAUCCACCAGUGAUCUACCGCGACCUGAAAUCCGCUAACAUCUUGCUGGAUAAUGACUUCCACGCCAAGCUAUCGGAUUUUGGGCUCGCGAAACUGGGACCAGUUGGCGACAACACUCACGUCUCAACUCGAGUCAUGGGAACAUACGGAUACUGUGCCCCUGAGUAUGCCAUGAGCGGGAAAUUGACUCUUAAAUCCGACAUCUAUAGCUUUGGUGUGGUUCUGUUGGAGCUCAUCACUGGACGGAAGGCAAUGGAUUAUAGCAGAAGGCAAGGUGAACAGAACCUUGUUGUUUGGUCUCGCCCCUAUCUGAAAGAUCCGAAGAAAUUCUGUCAAAUGGCCGACCCUCAGCUACAGGGCCGCUACCCUCGUCGCUGUCUGAACUAUGCAAUUGCCGUAACUGCAAUGUGCCUCCACGAAGAAGCACAUUUCCGGCCUCUGAUUGGCGACAUAGUGGUUGCUCUCGAGUACGUAGCUGCACAGAGUGCUGAGCACAUGAGCGGAAAAGCACGAAGCGAGAUUGCCUUGCCCUCCUCGAAAUCUGACGGAAGUGAACCAAUGACGCCACCCUCCUCAAAAUCGGAGGUAAAUGCCCGUAGCGAAAUCAUCUUGCCCUACUCAAGAUCAGACAGAAGUGGACCAAUGACGCCACCCUCAUCAAAAUCAGAGGUAAAUGCCCCUAGUGAAAUCGUCUUGCCCUCCUCAAAAUCAGACAGAAGUGGACCAAUGAUGCCACCCUCCUCAAAAUCGAAGGUAAAUGCACCUCAGCAGUUGCUAUCCUCGCCUAUCUCGAAUUCAGAUAGAGACCCUCAGAAACAAGAUCUCGUCACCACUAGCGCUUCGUUCUAAUUUAUGUCUGUGGUCGGCGCUCAGAGGCUGAUUUUCUGGAAAAGAACACCCUUCAUUGGAUCAUCGCAAAUUUCUUGCAAGCUGUGAGAAAGGGAUGGAAAAGAGUGAGUAUACAUAAAAAAUACGAAUGAAUGUUGUUUAUAUGUUAUACAGAAUGUGUACAUGAAUUGCACAUAAGGGUGUGAUGUUUGGGAGGGUAGAAAGAGCUUGUUUUGUUUUCUUCUUUUCCACUUCUCCUCCAUUUUCCCCCCAUCCUCUUGUUUUAUUUACUAUGAAGAAUGGAGCAAAAUGUGUAGAUUCUAUCAAUAAAAGGGAUCCAUUCAUAGCACCCCUUACAAAAUUGACAUCAAUGCUCAUUGGUAUUAAGUUAUUUU